AGAGGGGAGGGGCUGGGAGGGGGGGAGGGAGAAGACACCUACCUCCCGGGGCCCCGCCCCCUCUCGCGAGAUUCCCGCCAGCCAACGGCCGCGCGCGGGAGCCUCUCCUAUCGUAACCGGCCCUACCCGGCGUCUUCAACGGCCGUAGCUGCAGCUCGGUUCUCGGAACCGGGACUGCCGGUCUUGACCUCUGACCCACGUCCGCACCCCAAAUUACUGCGUUAAAUCAACCCAAAACGGGGGUGGGGGGGGCGGGAGCCGCCUACCGAGGCCAGUCCAGGGCAGGCGGGCAGGCGGGCGUGAGAGGCCGGGCUAGGCCGCGGCGGCGGCGGCGGCUCUGGGCCUGGGGAGCUGAGAAGAGGGUCUGUGAGGGGCAGAGAGAUGGCGAAGUUGAUGCACCAAUUGAUCUUACAUAGAUUCCUCCAGUCCAGACUCCUUCAUCGUGCCAAUGUUCUAGCUGUCCCGUGUUCAGAACCAUAAAAUCCUCUUCACCUGUAACCCAAAGCCCCUUUGGGAAACGAAGCAAUAUGCUGCAGCAGAUCAAUGGCCAAGGCACCCACUCCCUCCUCUGUAGCAAUGACCCUCUCAGAGAAGAUCUGCAAGUCUUUCUGGAGAGUGAGAUCCAAUUGGCUGAGCUCGAUGACCUCAUCAAAGUGAACCCUGUGACUCCAGCAACAGUCCUAAGGUGUCUACAGGAGAGGUACCAGGUGGAUGUGUUCUACACCAAUGCUGGCUGCACCCUUGUGGCUUUGAACCCCUUUAAGCCUGUCUCUUACCUCUACUGCCCAGAGCUGAUGAGGGACUACCACAUAGCGCCUCAACUGCAGAAAUUAAAGCCUCAUAUCUUCACUGUGGGCGAGCAAACCUACAGGAAUGUCAAGAGCCAGCUGGAGCCUGUCAACCAGUCCAUCAUCGUCAGUGGGGAGAGUGGAGCAGGGAAGACAUGGACGUCUCGGUGUCUGAUGAAGUUUUAUGCCACCGUCACCAAUUCCUCCAUCUCUGAGGAGAGCCAUGAGAGAGUGGAGAGGAUUGAGAAGAGAGUCCUGGAUUCUAACCCAGUCAUGGAGGCUUUUGGGAAUGCUUGUACGCUCCGCAAUAGCAACAGCAGCCGUUUUGGGAAAUACAUCCAACUCCAGCUGAACAGAACUCAGCAGAUGACUGGGGCCUCUGUCCAGACUUACCUCUUGGAGAAAACUCGAGUUGCCUACCAGGCCCCACUGGAGAGGAAUUUUCAUAUCUUCUAUCAGAUCACCAAGGGAGCCAGUUCCAGUGAAAGGUUAGAGUGGCACCUGCCUGAGGGAGCAGCUUUCCGUUGGCUGCCCAAUUCUGAGAGAACCUUGGAAGAGGACUGCUUUGAAGUGACCAGAGAUGCAAUGCUCCACCUGGGCAUUGACCAUUCCAUCCAGAACAACAUCUUUAAGGUCCUAUCAGGGUUGCUCCACCUCGGGAAUAUCCGCUUUGCUGAAUCCGAGGAUGAAUCCCAGGUUUGCCAGCCACAGGAAGAUGCUAAAUGUUUUGUGAUGACUGCAGCCUCCCUGCUCCGAAUCUCCAAGGAGGAGCUGUUGGAGACCCUCCGAGUGCGAACGAUCACAGCCGGAAAGCAGCAGCAGGUGUUCAGGAAACCCUGUUCCCGGGCCGAGUGUGAGACCAGGAGAGACUGUCUGGCCAAAGUCACCUACGCCCGGUUGUUUGACUGGUUGGUGUCGAUCAUCAAUGGGAGCAUCUGUGCAGAGUCCUCCACCUGGGACACUUUCAUUGGGCUGCUGGAUGUGUACGGAUUUGAAUGUUUCCCCAACAACAACCUGGAGCAGCUCUGCAUUAACUAUGCCAACGAGAAGCUGCAGCAGCACUUUGUGGCUCACUACCUGAGGGCACAGCAAGAAGAAUAUGCUGCUGAGGGCCUGAAGUGGUCCUUCAUCAGCUACCAGGACAAUCAGAGCUGCCUGGACCUGAUUGAAGGGAGCCCCGUCAGCAUCUGUUCUCUCAUAAAUGAGGAGUGCCGUCUCAACAGGCUGUCCAGCGCCAUCCAGCUCCAGACGCGUAUUGAGAAUGCCCUGUCCAGCAACGUCAGCCUGAGCCGAGACAAGCUCAGUAAGAGCCCCAACUUCGUCAUUGCCCAUUAUGCUGGGCCCGUGCAGUACCAGAUCGAAGGCAUGGUGGAGAAAAACAAGGAUCCAGUUCCUCCAGAGCUGAUUCAGCUCCUGCAGCACUCCCGGGACUCUCUCCUACAGAAACUGUUUCCUUCCCAAGAAAAGGAACCAGAGCAGGUUUCAGGCCAGAGCAAAGCCCCUGUGGUUACUGUGGUCUCCAAGUUCAAGAGCUCCCUGGAGCAGCUCAUGCAGGUCCUGCACAGCACCACGCCUCAUUACAUUCGCUGCAUCAAGCCAAACAGCCAAGGCCAGGCCCAGAAGUUCCAGGCAAACGAGGUCCUGAGCCAACUCAAAGCCUGUGGUAUUGUGGAGACUGUUCACAUCAGUGCGGCCGGCUUUCCUAUCAGGCUCUCUUUUCAAAGCUUCCUUGAACGGUAUGACCUGCUAAGAAAACCCCAGCCAGUCCAGCCCAGCCCCUCCUCCAGAUUGUCCAGGUCUUCGCCCACCAGAGAGCACUCAGGACAGCAGCCGAGCCCCGAGGAGGAGGUCGGGCUUCAGUCUCUCAUCGGGGACAUCCUUCGGACUUUGCCCCCGAUGACUCGGCCAGCUACUGCUCUCGGAGUCCACCCGGAGGCCAGGCCGGCUCCCAGCCCAAUUCAUUGCGGCAGAACCAAGAUCUUCAUGACCACUUCUGUGUUGGAGCUGCUAGAACAGCGGCGCAUGCAGACCCUAAAUAAAUGUGCUCGGUGCAUCCAGUUCUGUUGGAGGCGGCACCAGCGCAGAAAGCUGGAGAAGCAGAGAUGGGCGGCCACUCUUCUCCAAGCAGCUGCACGUUCCUGGCUGACACGGAAACGGAUACAAAAGCUGCAUGCUGCUGCGACCUCCAUCAAGCGCGCCUGGCGGAAAUGGAGGGCCAAGAUGGAUUCCCUAGUAUCCAUAGAACUGGAUGAUGUGGAAGAAAACUGCUUUGCCAGAGUGCCUUGCCACCCCCUCUCCGGCGCAGCGCCAUGGCCCCCACGUGAGACAAUCCAGCUCUGGCCGCUGGGACUCGUGCUGGCCAGUGCGCCGGUGGGGGUGAUUGGGAUGCGGAGGAACCUGUCCCUGCAGGCCUGCCUACAGAUUCCUUGUCACAGCAGCAGCCACAAGGUGGAGGCCACCCAGUGUGACCAGGCAGGGAUCACCUCCAUCAGAGCGCUGCCCCAGGGCUCCAUCCGGUUUCACUGCAAGAAGUCCCCCUUGCUCUACGCCAACACCAGUCCCGAGGCACCGCACUGCAACAUCACCGGCUUUAAUCAGAUCCUGCUGGACAGGCACAGACUGAUCCCGGUGUGAGGCACCGCUUGCCCUUGUACCUGCCGUCUCAAGCGCUGCACUUUGUUUCCUCAGACUUGGUCUCCGGUUUUCUUUCCCUCCCUCCAACUAUCCUCAUCCAGGGACCUCUAUUAUACCUCAGAGCAGGGCUGGCAGUGGUGAUGGCAUUCAAACCAGUAGGA